UUUCACUUUCUCUCCCUCCCCUUUUAGCCUCUCUCUCUGCAACUCCCCUCCUCUCUCUCUUGUCAUUUUCUGCCCUCGUUUCCGCGGGUGAAAGUCCCGCGGGAGGCAGGCGCUCAGCUCCACGGGUGAGCCGACAGGAUGAGAGAGAGGAAAAUGGCAGUGACAGCUUUGUAGGUGGGAGACCAAAGUGAAGGAGAAUACUGUAGGGAGGAAUAAGAAGUGCUUUUAAAGAGACGGCAAAGAUUGUCGGGCGAAAGCAAGAGGCUAAAAGGAGGACAGGGGCUUGCGAAAAGGGGAAAAAAAGCAACAAUAGGUCGUGUCGCCAUGACAACAGAGGCAGGCUCCGAGACCGAGGUUAAGGAGAAAGCGGAGAAGUCCGCCGCCCCGCUCGACGAAUCGGAAAAGGCCACCGCCGAGACCCAGGAAGUGGCCGCCACUGAGGGCGAACCAGAGAGAGAGAAGGAAAAAGAGGGCAAAGGAAUAUCACGCUACCUGCCAACAUGGUUUAAAAAGCAGAAAUCGCAAAGCCAGACCUCCCCGACCAAGGAGGUGCCAUCACCCGAGAAGCCCGCCAGCAAUCAGGAGGAGGUCCCGGAAGUGAACGGACACGCAGAGGAAGUGGAAGAGAAGGAGGCGCUCAGUCCGGUACAGGAGCAAGUCAAAGAAAAGGAAGGCGAGUCCCAUUCCAACGCCAGCGCAGACACAGAGCCUGCCGGGGAAGAGAAAGUCGAGGAGAAGAACGUCGAGGGCACCAAGGCCGCAAGUGAAGAAGGAGUCGAGGAGGAGCAACCAGAAAAGAAGGAGCGGGCAAACGGAGGUGAAGGCCAGACCUCCAUUUUCCAGUCGCCGCUGCGUUUGGUGAGGAAGAGCAAGAUGAAAUUGGUGGUGUGUCACGUGACCCUGUUGGACGGUUCCGACUUCACCUGCGAGGUGGAGAAGCGUGCCAAGGGUCUGUUCCUGUUCUUUAAAGUGUGCGAGCACCUCAAUUUGCUGGAGAAGGACUACUUUGGUCUCACAUACAAUGACAACCAUGAUCAGAAGUGCUGGUUGGACCCCACCAAGGAAAUUAAGAGACAAAUUCGCAGUAACAAUUGGCAGUUCGCAUUCAACGUCAAGUUCUACCCACCUGAUCCCUCGCUGCUCACUGAAGAUAUCACAAGGUACCUGUUGUGUCUGCAGCUCCGUGAAGACGUGGCGUCCGGUCGACUGCCUUGCUCAUUUGUCACUCACGCACUUCUGGGCUCGUACACACUGCAGGCAGAAUUUGGUGACUACGAACCCGACCAGACUCGUCCUCUGGACUACAUCAACCAGCUGACUUUUGCCCCCAAUCAGAGCAAAGAAAUGGAGGAGAAGAUUCUGGAGCUACACAAGUCCCACAAGGGAAUGACACCAGCGCAGGCCGACACGCAGUUUCUAGAAAAUGCCAAGAAGUUGUCCAUGUACGGGGUGGACCUGCACCACGCUAAGGAUUCUGAGGGGGUGGACAUCAUGCUUGGAGUGUGCGCCAACGGACUCUUGGUCUACAAGGACCGGCUUCGAAUAAAUCGCUUCGCCUGGCCCAAAAUCCUCAAAAUUUCAUACAAGAGAAACAACUUUUACAUCAAAAUCAGACCCGGAGAGACAGAACAAUUUGAAAGCACCGUAGGAUUCAAACUACAGAAUCAUCGCUCUGCUAAACGGCUGUGGAAAGUUUGCGUGGAGAACCACAGUUUCUUCAGGCUCAACGCACCAGAGCCCCCCACCACUCCGCGCUUCCUAACACUGGGCUCCAAGUUCCGCUACAGCGGGCGCACGCAAACCCAAACACGCUUGGCCAGCACCCUCAUCGACCGGCCCGCGCCCACUUUCGAGCGCACUUCGUCUAAACGCAUCAGCCGCAGUCUAGAUGGAGCACCAAUGAUAAGCAUAACAGAGGCCCGGGACACCACUGAGAAUGGACACGACCCCCACCUGGAUCUCCACUCUGACUCCAAGAUGGAGGUUAAGGAGGCGGACACGAGCCCUGGCAGUGUGGAAGCCACGCCCGCCCAGAGUCCAAUGAAAGUGCGUGUGGAUAAUAUUUAUGUGAGGCACAGUAAUUUGAUGUUAGAGGACCACGAUAAGACCCAAGAAGAAGUACUGAAACACCAAGCUAGCAUUAGCGAGCUCAAGCGCUCUUUUAUGGAGGCGCCGCCUCCCUCGCCUCCUCAGCUCAACCAGUGGGAGAAGCGCAUCACUUCCUCUCCUGCCACCGCCACGCGCGGUCAGCAGCCGACAGCGGUUUCCGUGACGAACGAAGCGGCGGAAGCGGUUUCAACAACUGGUAACGACGACACCAAAGAACCCAUUAAGACGACGGAAGUCGAAAUUGAAGAAACUGUUGUGGUGCAAGAGAUUUCCACCAAAGCCGUGCCGCCGGAAGAGUGCGGGAAGGGGGUGAAUGCGGAAGAGGGGGCGGGGCAGAAGAAGAAGAUGAAACAGCGGGAGAGCGUUUCGUCGGAGAGCGAAAGCGACGGGGAGGCCGAGUAUCACCCCAACGUGCCGGUGUCCAUCUCCCGCACUCAAAUCCCAGAGGAGAAAGAGGAAGAAGUGGGGAAGUUGGAGGAAGUUAGUCAACCCGAUAAAAAGGAAGAAGCAGAAGAACCCACGACGACGACCGUCGAAGCUUCUAACGGACCAUCACGGCACGAAGACGGCGAAACUCGACAACUGGAAGAGGAAGCGCCCAAAGUGAACGGCGAGGCCACGGUGGUGGAUGCGCGUCCGCAGGUUAUUUGUUGCUCUCAGCCGCCGGUGGUAAAGACCGAAAUGGUGACAAUAUCGGACACGUUCGCGGCGCAAAAGACCGAGAUCGCGACCAAGGAAGUGCCCAUCGUGCACACGGAAACCAAGACCAUCACGUACGAGGCCGCACAGCUGGACGGAAGCGGCGACGGAGAGCCCGGAGUUCUGAUGACCGCUCAGACAAUCACCUCGGAAUCCCUGUGCACCACUACAACCACGCACAUCACCAAGACAUUAAAAGGCGGCCUGUCAGAGACGAGGAUCGAGAAGCGCAUCGUCAUCACUGGAGACUGCGAUAUCGACCACGACGAGGCUCUGGCCCAGGCCAUUAAGGAGGCCAAAGAGCAACAUCCUGACAUGUCUGUCACCAGAGUGGUGGUUCAUAAAGAGACCGAGCUGGCCGAAGAGGAGGAUUGACACAACACAGAGCUGAAAAGCCCAUUGGGGAUGUCGUGACCUUCACUGCCCCACGCGACCACUAUCUUUGACCAUGACUGACUGACUGAAGAGGCUCCAGAAGAAGACAUUCAAAGCCCCCCCCCCCCCCCCCCCCCUUCCCCCCAAAAAAGCAAAAGCAACAAUAAGGAACAUAACACAUUAAGGGAGCAAAAGAACCACAUUGUUAGCUUAACAUUUCUAGCGUGUUUUUACUUCUUUGUUGUUUUUCCAAUAGUGUUUUUUUUUCUUUUGCCGUAAAAGAGGCGAUACAAGAGGACGUGGAGGAUAUAUUAUUUUGACAGUGAUACACAUUUGUGAAACUAGACACUGAAGUUACGCACUUUGGGGCAAGUUUAGUGAAGGGGUGGGGAUACUAUUUACACACACACAAAAAAAAGAAAAAAACUCAAAAGAAAAUCGCACGGAAAGUGUUGUAAAAAGCCCCUAGAAUGCUAAUAAAUAAUAUCCAGAAAUAAAAUUCCCCACCCCUGAACUAAUGUGAUAACAGUGCAGCCUCUUAAUCCACCCAAAAAACUCACAAACUAAUGGUACAAAAAAAAAAACACAUUUUCGUGUCAUUCCUCAGUUUCUUUUGAUUUUAAGUCCGCACACUACAAAAAGACAAAAAAAUCACUUGACGAAAAGUUUUCAGUUUGUUAUUUUAUACUAAAUGUGAACGAGUUUAAGCUAAAACAAAGGUUACGCAGUCGUUGCUGUUCUUGGGAAGGGUUAACUGGGAGAAAAAUGUUUUUUAAAAGAUUUGUUUUUUUAUGUGAAACCACAUCGUUCAAACGAGGAAAAAAAGGUUUGGAAACAUAUACUGUAGAUGACAUACACAAUCUUCACUGAGUUCAGUUUUCUAGGUUAGCUUCAUCUUUUAAGAUGGCUAUGGACAGAAUCUGCAGUUUUCUUAAUUUUCAGUGAACGCAGCACGGGACAUUAGCGGCGACAUCGUGAAAAAACAUUCCACCUGUCUUGACUGGAAAAAGUUGGAUUUGUUCAAAUUCUAACGUGAGAUCCUGUAAAAUGUUAACUAUUGGACGUCCAUAUGAGUUUAAAAAAAGAAAUAAAAGUCUUAACCCUGCAAUGUAUUGCAAUAACAUUCCAAAUUCGGCUUCUCGUCAAUGUCUUUUUUUUUAUGCGUAUGUCACAACUGUAGUUUUAUCUCCCCACAUUUCAUUUUCUCUGUGAAUAUGGUCCAUUUUUUUCAUAUUUGUAAUGUUUCCCAGUGAAUUAUUUUUUGUGUGGGGACAUUAAACACCACUACAAAUGUUGUUACACUAUAAACUGCAGUGUAAAUGGAGCAAUGGGGCUUCAAAGUCACUUCCUGGGAAUUUUGCAACAGGGCAGCUCCAAAACUGCCUUUUAGAAACAUAUAUCUAUAUAUACUUGUCAAUGAUCCAAACCAGCUGCAGUACCUUUUCUAUUUUCCACAAAAACUCAAGAAAAUCAAACAAAAAAUGAUCGGGGAAGUGAGCGAGCAGCCCCGUUGCUCCCUUGUAGUCCAGUUUCUUUCUUUCUAGCCACUUAAUUGUGUUGUAUCACCCUUAAACACACACAAAUCAAGUCCCUGUUAACACUUUAAAUAAAAGAUUGUAAUACUCUUG